UUGGCUCACUCUGCGGCUCCCGCCGCUCGGGAGCAGACACGCGGGGCCAAAACUUAUUUCAACUAUUUUAUUAAACAAAAUUUGUAAAUAACACUAAACGAACACACCUACACAUACACACAUACACACACAUAUACACUGACACGUACAUGAAACACUGACUCAUGACAUAACCAGCAACGACAACAGCAACAACAGCAACAACGACAACAAUAACAACACAAGCACGCACACGAAUCGCAGACGGAUCGUGAGAGGAUAGAGAGAAAAACGAGGAAGAAAACGGGCAACAACGAAAGAAUUUAAUCGGCGAACGAUUGAACGUGAUUUUAACCAACAGCGAGACAACGAGAUCCGUAGACGAAGAAGAAGAAGGAGAAAAAGAUCGUUACAAAAUCUCAGCAAACCAACGUUCUCGAGCAAUCAAAUUCCGUGUCCGUGUGUGCGUGCGUGUGUGUAGUCAGAAGAUCCCGGAAGAAGGCUCUCGAGGAAGGGGAAGAUAAAAACACGCGUCACAACUUCUUUUUUCCCACAAGCGAAGAGAGACGGAGAGAGCCCAUAUUUUUCUCUUUUCACGAGAAAUACGCGACUGUCGCGUUUGAAAAAAAAAAUUUAUACGCACACGCACACGCGCGCGCGCGCGCGCGCACACGCACACAUACGAAAACGUACUCGCGCAGACACACAUACAUACACACACACACACACACACACACACGCACGCACAUUUACGUACACAGACACGGAGCCACAAAUCGUCGUCCUUACAAUAAAAAAAAAUAAAAAAUAAAAAAUAAAUAAUAAAAUAAAAAUGAAAAUAAACAAAAACGAGAGAAUCUCAAGCCCGCGAAGAGGUGAAAGGAAAACAGAAGAAGCACUUUAAAUGAACGAGGAGCAGAAGAAUCAUCGCGAGUCGAUAAAAAACGAAGGAAAAAAUAAAAAUAAGAAGAAAAAAACAAAACAAAACAUUUUCAUUUCUCUCUGUACGUGUGACCCUUACAUUAUUUUGUCCCCAACGAGUGGGACGGGUUCAGUGUUGUAACUUAGGAUAUAAGCAAGUAAAAAGUUCCGGAGCGCACAAAAGAGAGCGAAUAAAAGGAUGAAAUAAUAAAUCUUGUAAAAAGACUCAUGUAAAAACAAACAAGGGUGGCACACACAGCUGUGAAAAUUAGGGAAAAUUCACGAGACGCAAUAACUGUGAGCUGAACAGAGAGAAAGAAACGAGAUAAGGGCAUAGAAGCGAUAAUAGAAAGGAAAAAAACAAAAAAGGGAGGAAAAGCAAACGUGCUCGAGGUGCGAAGUGUCGAGAUCGUUCGGAGCCUCGAGUUUAGCAGGUGUAAUUUUUUAUAUUGUUGAAUAAAAAGAAGAAACGUCGCGGGCUCAUCGAAGCUCCUGGAGCAUCAAAUUGGAUAAAACCAUCCCCCAUCACACCCUCGUGCAGUUUUAGAGGGUCGCUUGUCCUCGGACUUGUGCUAAAGUCAACGAAAGCCAAUAUACAUAUGUUUGUGAACAUGUCGUCCUGACGCACGCGUGCGAGCUCCACGUGUACCUAUACACACGAUACAUACGCUAAGUCAAGCACUCGCAUAUAAAACUUGGACUCUCGAAUGAUGAUUGUGUUCAUUUGGUGAUCGAUAUAAAGGAGAGCCACCGAAAUCGGACUCUCGAAUUACUGAAUCGAGGCUGAAAAAGAAAUAGAAGAAACGAGAGAAGUUUCAUUAAGGGAAAGACACGGUACACGUGCGCGAAAGAGUGUCGAAAGAAAGACUGUAAAGAUAUUUGAGGUUCGAUGUAGAAUGAAGAAAAAAAUAUUGUAAGUACGAACGCCUGGCUGUGCACGAUCGUCCAGGGAAUGUCCUGACGUUUCGCGACCGAAACGAAUUCCCAGCACGAGCUCUCGUCCUAUAAUCGAAUUAAACAAGAAGAAUAAUUAACUCGUCUCGUCGCUCAAUCGUUCCGGGGAAUCUGGCAUCGAAGUCUCUUGAUAAACAGAUCGAGUGAGAGAGGAAAAAAAGAAAGAUAAAAGUCGAGUCAGAAAGGAACUUUGCUGUCGCUGCAUUCCAAAAUAAAGACGAACGAGAGUCCCUCGAUAAAUAUUUUCUCCUGCGAGCGUGCGAGCUCGAAAAACUCCUGUCGUUAUUCCGUACGGACUCGUACUCUUCGCUCCCCUUUCCACUCUUCGAAUAAUAUAAAAAAUAAAUAAAAUAGAGCGACGGUAAAGAAGAGAAAAGAAAAGGUUUUUAAAAGAGAAUAAAAAUUCUUUGCAAUCUCGCGUGUUAAGCUCUCUAUCUCGCGCUCGUAUCGUGCCUGAUCGUUUCGAUAUAUUCGUCUCGAUCCUCGUCGUUGACAAAAAACGAACGAACAAAAAGAAUUCGAUUAAAAAAUUAAACUAAAGGAGAGAACACUUUUGUCCUACCUUAUUUAUACUAAGAGAGAUUGAGGCGAUUUAAAAAAAGGAUUACGAAAUAUUAAAUCGGACGACUUGCGAAUGAGAAUAUCCAAGAGUCCGGUUGUGCUCAAAUUCGUCCACGAAAUAAUUUAAAAACGUUCAUAAUUCUUCUAACCGCUGUACUUAAUAACAAACACGAACACGAAAACAUUCGUAUACUCGCGAGGUAAUUGUUCACGCGCGCGCGCGCGCGCGUCUGUGUGUGUGUGUGUGUGUGCACUCAUCGUGCACCCGUUUUUCGUCCGAUCGUCCUUUUCUCAAUCGCGAAAAUACAGUUGUGCGACAAACUCAAUAAAUCUUCGAAUUUCAAUAACGAUAAAGAAACAAAUAACACGACGAGUGCUAUAAAUUCUCUUACCGACCGCGUCAAUAACGGAAUAAUCAUUAGUAAAAAACGCAAAGAACACUCGAUUGUUGCCACGGUGGAGAAGCAACGACGAAAAAACGCUAUGGCGGGCUACAAUCACGCGAAUUCGCAGCGUGUCGUUUACCACGCGACCUACCCGACGCCGCUCGCUCCAAAUGGUGACCCGAUAAAAUUGCCGGAGAAUUUGGAGACGUUACCGAGAGCCGAGCACUUUCCGACGCAGCGGCAUCGAUGGAACACGAACGAGGAAAUAGCUGCGAUCCUAAUAAGCUUCCAGAGACACGGAGAAUGGCAGAGCCGCGAGGUGAAGGUCAGGCCUCGGAGCGGCUCGAUGCUUCUCUACUCGAGGAAAAAGGUUCGCUACCGGCGCGACGGGUACUGCUGGAAGAAACGAAAAGAUGGCAAAACAACUCGGGAGGAUCACAUGAAGCUCAAGGUUCAAGGUGUCGAGUGUAUCUACGGCUGCUACGUACACUCGGCGAUCCUUCCCACGUUUCAUCGUCGUUGCUACUGGUUACUUCAGAACCCCGAUGUCGUACUCGUCCAUUACUUAAAUGUUCCUUAUCCGGACGGUGAUGCGAAAUUGGCGGCAUUGCCGCCGUGUCUCGCGUUACCGCCCGACAAGAAAGAAUGGACGAGGGACGAGCUCGCUUCCCAACUAAGGCCAAUGUUCCUCGGCGGCGAUGACGAUCCGAACAACCCUCAUCUCAAUCAACACUCUAAUCAUCCCGUCGAUAUGAUAGUAUCGCAGUUGUUGGAUCGUCAGAGGGCUUCUUCGACGACGACGACAACGGCUGGCCCCCAGCUGGCGCCGCGUAGACUCACGCCCGACAAUCAGGUGACUUCGACGACCGGGGGUCAGCAGCCCUCGUCGACGGCAGCCACCGCACCACGCGUAUAUUCGAGACAUUCCCACUCAAGCCAGAGUCAGCAACCGGCCCCUCUAGUUUUAAGUCUCCAGCAAAUACAGGGCGGAGGUGGUUUAUUAAUACUCAACAGUCAGCCAUAUCAUCACCAGCAACAGCAGCAGCAACAGCAGCAGCAGCAGCAACAGCAACAGCAACAACAGCAGCAGCAACAACAGUCACAGGGUCAACAAGUGGAGAUGCAGCAGGUCAACGAGCAGCAACAGAUCGUUCAACAGACUAGCGUCGAUCGUGAACAACAGACUCACCAGGACAUCGAUACCCAGGACGGCGUUGUCGAGAGAUCCGGCGUUCAGACGAUCGUAAAUUCAACGGGUAACGGUACCGUCGUAGCCGAUUUUGCCGAAACUCUGGACCUCAGCCAGGAGGACAUUCAAAGAACACUCUCGGCCAACAUGGUCCCGCCAUCCCCGUCACCCUCACCAGCCGACAAUCAUAUUAUCAAUCCCUUGGAUUUCAUCGACUCGUCCGAUGACGUUCUCGUUAAUCUUGACGCCUUCGAUGUUUUUGGUGAUUUACCAGAGUUACACGACUUCGAUACGGUACACACGAAACCCGACGACAGACCGGGGCACAACGACGCUGGGUGCCAUCCCGGUGCAACUGUCCACAUCGCCGAGUACAGCCCUGAGUGGAGCUACACCGAAGGUGGCGUCAAGGUCCUCGUUGCUGGUCCCUGGACCGGCGGCAGUGGCUCCCAAUCCUAUUCCGUGCUUUUCGAUGCCGAGUCCGUCGAGGCCUGCCUCGUCCAGCCCGGCGUGCUGCGCUGUCGCUGUCCCGCUCACGCCCCUGGCAUCGCUUCCCUCCAAGUAGCCUGCGAUGGUUUCGUCGUGUCUGACAGCGUUACUUUCGAAUAUCGUCGAGCACCGGCUACCGAACCCAGCUCCGAGAGGGCGCUGCUCGAUCGCCUCGCCGACGUCGAGGCCCGUCUUCAGGGACCCGGACCUCCCUCGCCUGCAGCGCAUCUCGAGGAACGUCUCGUGGCUUAUUGCCAGGAUGCGGUAGUUCGUCCGUGGCGUCCAGGUGCGGAGCCCCUUCAAUCCGGAGGUCCGACGCUCCUGCAUCUAGCAGCCGGUCUUGGUUACUCGAGGUUAGCGUGCGCGCUCCUUCACUGGAGGGCGGAAAAUCCAAGCAGCGUUCUCGACGCCGAAGUUGAUGCGUUGAGGCAAGACGCGGCCGGACUCACGCCUCUGGCCUGGGCGUGCGCCGCAGGCCAUGCCGACACGGCCAGAAUUCUCUAUCGGUGGAACGCGAUGGCACUCCGCGUACGAGAUUGUCAGAACAGAACGGCUACCGAAUUGGCGGCGGAGAACGGUCACACCGGAAUAACCGAAGAGUUGAAUCGUUUGGAAGCGAGACGGCAGGACGAGAGGCUUUUCUUGAGACCGGCGAGCCCGAGUCCGAGGCGGCCCUCCCAAGACAGCGGUCUCGAUUUGGCCUUGUGUGGUUCCCCGCUCCUGGACAACAUGGAGUUGUUGCAAGAGGACGAAUCGUCGUUAGGCCUUGGCCAGCAGGGAAUGGAGAGUUGUUCGACCCCCCAAUCGUCCGUAGGGGAGGAAGACGCACGGGUCCUCACGUUGGCCGAGCAAAUAAUCGCCGCUCUACCCGAGAGGAUCAAGAGGGGCGAUGGUGAUCCAACGUCCCCGUCCCUGCCGUCCUCGCCGCCACCGCCGUUGACACCUCUCGAGGAUGCCCUUAUGGAACAAAUGCCUCUGGAUUCCGGCGAGUUGUUCGACUCGUAUCGGGACUGCACCGGCGGAGCGGCCUCAGUAUCGGACGUGGACGCAGACGCGAGUCCAUCGAGUCCAUCGAGCAGUUGUCUCACCCCUGAUUCGCCGUCCCCACCCCCAACGACCGCAGACUUUUGUGAGUUUCUUCAGCUCCAGUUGCAGCUCGACAGUGCUAAUCCACACAAUAAUAACUACGGUUAUACCAACGCUGAUAAAUGCUCAGGGGUUCACGGUAUCGGCAACGGUCACGGGGGUGUGGGCAAUGGCGAUGGCAGCGAGGCUGACUUGAGCAGAUUGACACUGUCGGACAGGGAACAGAGGGAGCUUUAUCAGGCCGCGAGGAUGAUUCAAAAGGCCUACAGAAGUUAUAAGGGACGCCAGAGGCAAGAGGAGGCCGAGAGACACGCCGCUGUUCUCAUACAGCAAUAUUAUCGGCGUCACAAACAGUACGCUUAUUACAGACAAGCCACGAAAGCGGCGGUCGUGAUUCAGAGCAACUACCGUAGUUAUCGUGCACGACCCGGCUCAACCAACUCGAGGCAGCAAUCCGUUCAUCAGCAAGCCGCGCAUCAGGCUGCCAGGAAGAUUCAACAGUUUAUGCGACAAUCCAAGAUCAACCUCUCAUGGGAUGAUUCGAGACCGACUGCAGAACGCCAGGGCCGUCGCAAACGGGAGCGGGAGGCCGCAGGUGCUCACUUCACGGGGGGCUGUUGUCCCCCAAAACUCGCCCUCAUCUAGCCCAGGGGCCAACCUAGUAGCCGCCAGCCAAGAGAUCAUCUGAUCGAUAGCAAAUCGAAAAGUUCGACGAUCGGUGCUUCUCUACAAAAAUCGUGCACCAGACACGCUUGAGACUUUCGAUCAAUCGAGUUGACGUUGGAAUGCAUCUUCAGCCCCUCCCUCCCCCUUAAUUGGGAGACAAUUGGAUCCAGCUCUCUUGCACGACGUUUCAUAGACUCUCCGAUCUAUUUUUUUUUCUAUUUUCUGUUUUUUUUUUAUCAACUUAAGGCUACCUCGAGGUUUGUUAGCGAGGUUUUAUCAACGAUUUUUUUUCAAGGCGUUUACAACGCGAUCUCGCCACUUGGCAAGCUUUUUACCUUUUCUCGCGUUUAACGUCUGACGUGCUCUCAUUCAACGGUGGUGCUGUCUCGUAACACGAAAGCACGUUAAAGUACAUAGACAUGUAUAUACUUUUCAUUCCUUAAUAUUCAAACAGAUUUAUUCAAAAUAUUAAACAACUUUAGAAUCGAGUUGAAGCAUUUUUGGGCCAUUUAGAAUAAUUCGGCUCAAAGAUCCGUUGCAAUACUCUCCCUUCAGGGACGUAUUAUUAAGCGGAAGCUAGAUCGAUCACGAUUCGUGACGAGGCUGCGAAGUCAGAAGAUCAUUAUUCGCUUUCAUUUUUUCAUAUCCAAUGAAAGUAUCGAGGGAAUGUGUUGUCUCGUACGCUGUAGAAUUUUUCAACCGCUACACGCGUGGAGGAAAAGACAAUUUUGAAUCUUCAACGAUGCCCAAAACUUUUUCAACGAUCUUCUGGCUUUGCUGCGGUAAGUUCCUCCCUUCAAGAAUCUUUUCAUGAUUUAUCAUCUCUCGUUUUUUAUACCGUCGAUCGGUCACACACCGUCGUUCGAGUCGUAUAAAUUUUCUCUGUAAAUAGGCGACUCGUUCGAACGAACGUGAAACGAUAGCAUUCUUUUUUUUUAGACUUAAUAAGCACGUUUAUGGAUAGCGUGAUCGAAUAUCACUCCGUAGAGAAAAAAAAUAAAACAAAAAAAAUUCUAAAAAAUGUACACGCGACGAUUUCUUCAAAACAAGAGAAACCAGGUGUCGCCUUUAAAAAGUUCUUUUUCACUAUCGAAUAUCAAUUUAUUGCUUAAUAUAUCUUAGUCCACGAAUCUUGGCUAUCAUGAUGCUUCCAAAUGAAAAAUUUAAAAGAAAUGAAAAAAAAGAAAAAAAAACAACAAAAAAACACAUAUUAUUCUAUAAAUUAUUGAUACUGAUUAGCUGGUGCGAUCGAAUAAGCUUCUUAAAACGUCGUACGACUCAACGAGGGAGCUUUAUCCGAAAAGUAAACGAACAAGUACAAUUUUGUGCGUAUAUAUACACACACACACACAUAUAUCUAUAUUCAUAUAUUAUAGCUGAAUGCAUCCGAGAGCGAGAGAGAAUUCCAAGAUCGAAAAUGGCCCGAAUGAUUGGCUUUCUCUUUGAAUUUGUUUAUUUUUUAUUCCAAGUGAUUGAGGCUACGGGUAAAAGCGUUUUUUUCGGCACUGAGCAUUUUUUUUUAAUAAACUUAUUUCACUUUUAUCUAACACUAUUCACAGUAGAUUGAUUUUUUUGUUCACCGAUCCGUUAUCGCUUUCACAUCGCGGAUACUUUUUUAAUUGAAAGUCUUUCAAAGGAGCGUGAAAAGGGAAAAUUCAAUUUUGCGUAGCCUCAAGUUAACAAGUGAUUGUCAAAAUUCGUGAAAAAAUAUUCAAUGCCAGAAAUCUGCACAUAAAUAGGAAACGAAAAUGAAAAGUUACAGACUUAAAAAAAGGUUCUAGAAAGUAUUUGUUCAUGGAGAUGGAAAUUCUUGAAUUCCUGACGACGAGCACGUUGAUCGGAACGAUAAAGAAUAGAAAUGAUGAUUUGAUGGUUCCAUCUUCGCUCGAAAUUGGUCAUUACAACACGUUGUGAUCCUUUGAAAUCUUUGCCGCUCAGCACUUAAAUUUAUUACGGAAAUGCUGAUGUAAGAAUGCUCCUGUACGGUAAUAGAUAUUUUUCAUUCGAAAGAAGAACGAGCAAAGAAAAAAUUCGAAUGGGAUGAAAUAGCGAGAUAAAUGACGUUCCUAGUAUAUCUAGAAAUCUGAGAAAAAGAGAAGAGAAGAGAAAAAAGAGCUUAGUCGGAUGCACUUCUAUAGGGCAUCGUAGAAUCGUGCAAUGAGUCCGGAAUCAAGAUGUGUAUUGAUGCUCAUCACGUACGUAAGGGAGAGGGAUCGGGGUGAAAAACGAAGGGAAAAGGGAAAAGAAACGUUUCAACUUUUUUCCACUUCGAAAUGUGAAUCCACUCGAUGAGAUGUCCGAGCCAAUGGAACGUCCAACGAACGUCCUGUCGAUGCUAGAGAGCCCAAAAAAGGGAAAUAAAACACUGAAAAACGGUGAGGGAGAGUUAAAGAAGAUUAAAAAAAAAAAAGAGAAAUAAUCAAGUAAUUUUAAUAAAUAUUUCAAUCGAGGUUUUCUUAUAAGAUUGUAAAGUUUUUCAAGGUCGAAAAGCUUCGAGUCCCGCGUAAUCAGAGCUCAAGUACUCUGGAACGCAAAUCGCAUCACAUUUUACCCUUUGGAAUAAUAUUUAUUCUAGAUAAAAAAAAAAAAAAACGAAAUAAAAGUGAAUAAUACGAUAAAACUCAAUCGAGUUUUGCGUAAUUAGCUGCGAAGAAUAAGGAAAAGAAACUUAUUAGUGCAAUGGCAAUUUUUCAUCGAUUUAAAAUUAUAUAUUCUCUCUCUACUGGAGAUUCUUAUUAUAUAUUAGGCUAGCGAGGUGGGUACAAUGAGAAAAAAAUUAAAUUUCAAUUAGAAGGAAAAGAUACGUGAAGUAACGACGACAAGACUUCGGUGUGAAGGGUUUAUAUAAUGUAGGAAAGUCGUUGAUGGUAUUUGAAGAUGAGCUCGCAAAGUUCCCGCGUCGUUUGAGAUGAAAAGAACGAAAAGAAUAAAAAAUAACAAAAGAUAUAAAUAAUAUAAGCAUUGUGAUAAAUCCAUGGUGAUCCAAGAAAGUAUUUCCGACGUUCCGACGCAAUGAUAACAGCAAAUGAGCGAAGGCGUCGGGACGCUAUUUAAAAAACAAACAAAUUACAAACAAAUGUUCAACAGCAGACAGAUAGAAAGAGAAAGAGUGUGUGCUAGAGAGAAAGAGGAAACGCGAAUGAUUCUGAUUUCUCGGAAGCGUUUUGAGCUCAAGUCGUGUUUAUAUCGUUCGUUACAGCUUCGGCUAUCAAUUUCGUAAGUCUGCUGAAAAAUUUGAAGGUUAAAAUUUUCAAAUUAUUCACAUUUUUACAACGAAAAAAAAAUUUCUCGAAAUUUUCAACGAUUUUUCGAAUUUUAGCCUUUCUGGUUAUACAAAUUAAUGAUUAUACCAUUUUGGCAACGGCACGGACUUUGUUUCGUCCUUCCUUUUUAGAAUUUUUCCUAAUUUCAUAAUAUUUUCAUUGAAAUAUUUGAAAAUCGAAACAAAUUUAUCGAUCAAAAUUCAAGGUGAACAUUUUUAUUUUUUCUAGAAUCAAGAGCACAGUUUCGAUCUUUCGUGUUGAAAUUCUAUCGUGUUCGUGGUUGAUAAACGAUGAGACUGUCGCGUCACUGUUGCGGAUCCAUAUUUGUUAAGGUAUUUUGUUCUGGAUCGUGAAAAUUACGCACGUCCGAGGAGAAUUGUGGUUGAAGCGCUUUCAGAAGUGUCGAUUUUGAAUGUUGGAUGAAGAAAAAUUAGUUAAUUUACACGAGAUAGUUCGAUUAGAUGGAAAAAGCCCACGUGUGUUUCUAGGAUCACUGUUUUAAUCGAUUGAGGAUUCAUUGAUUGCGCAUUCUUAAAGAAACAUUAACGAAAACCUUUGUUUAAGAAAAAAUACAUAUAUUUUUUUUUAAUUUUCGGUUGCACAAGGAAGCGAAGUUACUUAAAAAUCCCAUUAUUUGAACUUUUAUCCCGAACGUAAAACAGGAUUAAUGUAAGAGGAUUUUUGUUGCUCCAGAACUAUCAAUGUAUCUUCAGUUGAACAGACGUAAGAAGGGCACGAAAGUGAGUGACUGAUAGAAAGAAAGAAAGAAAGGAAGGGAGAGAGAGAAGUUGAAUAAAGUAGAGAAUGGAAACUGAAUAAAAAUGGAUAUCGAUUUAGCACGUAAGCUCCCACGCUCAAUCUACCAAGUUCCAGCAAGCACGGAACGUCGAGGAGUACGACGAUCUCGAUUAUAUUCAUCAUAAUCUAGAUUAUCGAUUUAGGCGUUAACGGAUAAAAGCGGCGCUGUUUGCGAAGCAUGCAAAGAAAAAAUACGAUGAAAUGAGAUGAAGAAGAAGAAGAAGAAGAAGUAAGGAAGAAAACAUAAGAAGCAAACGACAACAAAAAACUUAUAUGAGAAAAAAAAAUUAUAUUGUACACACGAGUCAAUUCCAACGAGCAUUUUCAUGCCACUAAGCUUAAAGGGUUAUUAGUUGAUAAUCGAGAAAAUUGAUCAUGGAGGGGGGGGGGGGUAAAGGAAAGAGAAGAUAUAAAAGAUUUUAAAAAAUACACAAGCAAACACGGAGAAACAGACACGAAAACACAUACACGCGUACACACACUCUUUCAAUCAUUGUUAAUUAAUUAAAUUAAUUCACGAUCCUAUCGAUACUUAAAGAUGAGACGAGUAUAAAUAUUAUAUAUAAAUAUAUAUAUAUAUAUAUAUAUAUAUACAAACUAUUAUUACAUUCAUAUUUUUGCUUAUUACAUAUUUAAGAAUCUAUUAAUGAAGUUUAGCUAUUUGUGAGGGUGCGAGAGAGGGAGAGCUCGGAUUUUUUGGGCUGAGCGGUUAUGUGAGGGUUUUUUCUUUGUCAAACAAAUGGCAAAAAAGAUAAUAACAAUGAAAAUAAUAACGAGAAUAAACACUGUGGCGAUUCUACGUCUGUGACUUACGAAAUAAAGAGAAAUAAUAAAAAUGAAAAAAAAAAAACAAAAAACAAAAAACAAACGAUUCCCAAGUACGCGCCGAUGAAUAUCAUUGCGCGUGGCCGACAAAAAAUGACGCAAAUUGUAAUUUUGCUAAUACGAAAAACGAGAGAUUUGGACGAGCGAAAUAAUGAUAACAUAACGAAAAAAAGAAAAAAAAAACAAAGAGAAACACACACACACACAACGAGGCGAGACACCCGACUAAACACUAGUGACUUUAUCUUCACUUAUCUGAGACUAAAAUGAAAAGAAAAAAAAAGAACAAACAAACCAUAAGAAAUGAAAACGAAUAAAUAAAAUAAACGAAUAACUAAAUAAAUCUUUCGCAGUAUUUUUCGACCACAUUCGAUAUCACUCGAUUGACGAUUGUGGAUUGAUAUAGAUUUUCUCUUCCCUCUAAUCCCCAAGUUACUACUUCAGUCGCAUUGCCCGAUGAACGAAUAAAGAAUAAAAAAAAUAAAAUAGUAAAAAAAAAAACAAACAAACAAAGUGAAAACUCAGAGAGAAAGGAGGCGAUCAAAAUGUUUCCAAACAACCGAACCCAGCAAAGAAAAAACACUUUAUUAAUAAUAAUCAAUGAAAAAGAAAAAAACCAUUCGCUAGGGUAGGCGCUUCGAGAUACACAACUUUAACGAGUCACUUAAAACAAAAUUAUUCUCAAAUAUAAAUUUAAUAAGUAAAUGAAAGCAAAAAUGCAAAAAAAAGGAAAGAACAUUUUUAAAAUUCUACGUAAGAAAGCCAAGAGUCAAAGACGACUAGAUGAUAGGAGCCGCAUGGCCUAACUGCUGCCACUUUAAAUUAAUUAAAGAAUUAAUUAUUAUAAAUUUAUUACUACUGCGAAUUUAAAGGAUAACCGAAAUGGGGGGGAAAAAAGGAGAGAAGAAAUAAAGAAAAAAUAAUAAAAAUGUCAUGCCACUUUUCAAAACUACUUUACCUAGAAUGCAGUUAUAGAGAGUAGUGUGAAGAAACAAAAUGAGAACGAGAAAGAGAGAAAGGAAGAGAGCGAGAGAGAAAGAGAAUAAAGUAAAAGAAAUUUUAAUUCUUCGAAUUGACAAUGAUAUAAUUCCACUCUAGAAAUUGGGAUUCACUUCGAACUCUCCAAGAUUUUAAAUACUCACGAAUUACACCUACACGUACGCCACGUCGAUUCCUCUCACGUCGUGAGAGGAAUAAAAAAUGUCGAAAUCCUCGAUCGAGGCGGGCUCUCCUUGUCGUAACGAGCAACAGCUUUUUCUUCUUCCCAUUCCUCAAACUCUUCGAAUGAAAAUUUCAUCGAUUUUUUAAUCUUAAAAAAAGAAAUAAGCUGCACUGUCACUUUGACCGGAAUACCGAGUCGAAUCAGCAGUUAUUUCCAUCUCGUUCGAACUUCAGACAUAGCAUCAAUAUGGCGUCCAAUCAGCACUCGAUCUUCAAUUAUUCCGAAAUAAAUUAGUUUGUUUAACAAAUUAUAAAGAACGAAGAAAACGUCCAAAUGUCUCGAUAGCUGCCAUCGAAUAUCGAUUCUAUCAAUUGCGAAAGCGACUAAAAAUCGUUUACACAAUCGGGGAACACUCAAAUAUAUUCCUCGCUUCGAGGGUUCCUUUCGACAUUUUUCCCCUUCUCGUUUCUUCAUUCGUUUAUUUACUAUUCAUUUCGGUUAAUCUAUUUAACUCGACGAUUCUAUAAAAAUACGUCUCAAAACUCGUCGAGUGCCUUCGAACGUUCUCUAUUCGAUGCACCGCAUUAAUUAACGAGCAUCGAAUUCAUCUCGAGCGCCGAUACUCCCAUGUAUUUCGCAGGGUACGAUCGAAUAUGAAAAAAAAUAAGGAAACUCAAACAUUGAUUAGCAAGAAAGGAAAAGGAAGAAAGAGAGAAAGAGAAAGAAUAAAAUAGACGUAAUAAAUCAGGUUCGAAGGCAGCCACGAAUUUCGUCACGAAGAGAGCGCGUAUACAUAUAUACAUAUAAAUUUGUUUAUAUAUAUAUAUAUAUAUAUAUAUAUGUAUAUAUAGACAAUAUUAUUACACUUAACUUGCUACAAUAGUGUAAUAAUUAAACGAUACAGGCUCUCCAUCUCUUGUAAUAUUUUUAUUAUCGCAAAAAAUAAAAAAAAUAAAUAAACAAAAAAACCAACAAAAACAUAAUAUUAAUGAUUAAUUACGAGGAGAAAAAGAAAAGAAGAAAAAAAAUCUUAAGGAUAAUUAAAUAAAUGAUUAUACCACUAUUUAUUAUUUAUUGACUAACGUUCAACUAAUAUUGUAAAUAACGAAAAUAUUUUAUCUAUAUAUUUCUGAUCCGGGGAGGCGGGGGAGGAUGCGAGCUUGUAAAACACGUCGCCAAUAAAACUCCCUUUUUGGUAACGUCGAUGAAGCAUGAUGGAAGAAAGAAAAUGAUGAAUAAGAGAUGAAAGUGAGAAAAAACGUGGACGCGUAGGAACACGAUCGAUGAAGAUUCAACGAGGAUCUUCCAUCCUCUCGCUAUCCUCACCUUGCACCUCGAACGCCCCAUUGUUACACCAUUUCAUCAUUGCAUUUAAUAAAUUAUAUAUUUAUUGA